CUUACCGCUCGGGUUUCCCCGCCGCCAAGAUGGCGCCCGUGUGUACAACUGAAUGGGCGACGCGAAGUGUAGAACUGUAGAAAAUUGGAAAUGUUCUCCGUACUUUUACAAUAUCCUUCUUUUUAAAAUGGAUUCCCAGUUGAGCGUCGCUAAAAAAUUUUGAAAUCAACUAGGAUGGUAAUAUCAUGACACAGAGCAAAAAGAAGAAACGGGUGAAUCGCAGUCUGCUGCUGGCCAAGAAAAUCAUCAUCAAGGAUGGUGGGACGCCACAGGGUUUUGGGUCCCCCAGUGUUUACCAUGCUGUCAUUGUCAUAUUUUUGGAGUUCUUCGCUUGGGGAUUGUUGACUGCACCCACGCUCGUGGUUCUUCAUGAAACAUUUCCAAAGCACACGUUUUUGAUGAAUGGCCUCAUACAGGGAGUUAAGGGUUUGCUGUCGUUUCUGAGCGCUCCUCUGAUCGGUGCUCUGUCUGAUGUCUGGGGCAGGAAGUCAUUUCUUCUCCUCACCGUUUUCUUCACCUGUGCUCCUAUCCCUCUAAUGAAGAUUAGCCCAUGGUGGUAUUUUGCAGUUAUUUCUGUGUCCGGAGUGUUUGCUGUGACAUUCUCUGUGGUUUUUGCGUAUGUGGCCGACAUUACGCAGGAGCAUGAACGCAGCAUGGCAUAUGGCCUGGUUUCAGCCACGUUUGCAGCGAGCCUGGUGACCAGCCCAGCCAUUGGUGCCUACCUCAGCCGAGCGUAUGGAGACAGUCUGGUCGUGGUUUUAGCAUCAGCGAUCGCCAUGCUGGACAUCUGCUUCAUCCUGGUGGCCGUUCCUGAAUCGCUACCAGAGAAAAUGAGACCAGCGUCAUGGGGAGCGCCGAUCUCCUGGGAACAGGCUGAUCCCUUUGCCUCCCUGAAGAAGGUGGGUCAGGACUCGACGGUGCUGCUCAUCUGUAUUACAGUAUUCCUGUCGUACCUUCCUGAGGCUGGCCAGUACUCCAGCUUCUUUCUCUACCUGCGACAGAUAAUGGGCUUUUCAUCGGAAAGUGUUGCUGCUUUCAUAGCUGUGCUAGGAUUACUUUCAAUUGUUGCACAGACUGUAGUGUUAAGUUUACUGAUGCGUUCCAUCGGGAACAAGAACACGAUCCUGCUGGGUUUGGGCUUCCAGAUCCUCCAGCUGGCGUGGUACGGGUUUGGUUCAGAGCCGUGGAUGAUGUGGGCUGCGGGUGCCGUAGCUGCCAUGUCCAGCAUCACCUUCCCCGCAGUUAGUGCUCUCGUGUCCCGCACUGCAGACCCAGACCAGCAAGGUGUGGGUCAGGGAAUGAUAACAGGGAUCCGUGGUCUGUGUAACGGACUCGGCCCAGCUCUCUAUGGCUUCAUCUUCUACAUCUUUCACGUGGAGCUGGAUGAGGUUCCUGAGAGAGGUGAAGAUUUUGAGCAUCACACCCAGCUCCACCAGCAGAGCGCGAUAAUUCCUGGUCCUCCGUUUCUUUUUGGAGCAUGCUCAGUGCUCCUGGCGCUGCUCGUGGCUUUGUUCAUCCCUGAACACACACAGCUGGGUAGCCGAGUGGGCAGCUGGAAGAAACAUGCCUCGGCUCACGGGCACCAGCACAACGCUCAGCCUCCAGAGGCCAAGGAGCCACUGCUGCAAGACACCAACGUGUGAAAGAAAACUCUGAACCAGAGAUGUGACAAAUGCCAAUCUAUAUCAGACCAAGAGCUUUUUUUUUAAAAAAAAAAACAAACAAACAAAAAAAAAACCUAUGUACAUAGAGGAACAUGUAUUUAAUGACGGUUCUGUCCAGUGGUACCGUUGCAGUGGCUUGUAUUUAUUCAUUUUAUAGUUCUUUAUCUUUUUGCUGAUUUUUUUUUUUUUUUUUUUUUUGUGCGUGUGUGUUUGCAUUCCCAUUUUAGACAGGGCUCACUCAGGGACACGAAGCUCGGUCAGGAGCGUUUCUGAACGCAGCAUGCUAACCCAUAGUCGCCUCAUGUUAAUGGAAUAGUUCAGUGAAAAGUCACAUGUGCUGAGUGUUUGUGUGCUUUCACACUUAUUAGUCUGUUUCUUGAGUUGGGAUCAGAGUGCAAUUUAUUAUUUUGGUUGAUUUUGCUAUUUGGUUUGGUUUGCACAUAAUUAAAAUGAACCAAAUAGCAAAAAAAAAACGCUGUCUGAAAUGUAAGGAGGGCUGAAAACAUCCUCAUAAAACUUUCACGUCGUUCAAUAGCAUUAUAGAAAAAUUUAACAAACUUUUGUGCUAUUUAAUCUUAUUUUGGUUAAAUCUUUUUUUUUUUUAAACCAUUUUUCUGCUGUAGAUUUUUGGUGACAAUUAGUUAACUGAUUUUAUAUAACACCCCCCCCCCCCCCCCCCCAAUUCAUCCAUUAUCUGUACUGCUUAUCCAGUAUAGAUAAUGGGAGCCAAUCGAAGCACUGUGCCAUGGCGCACACGUGUCCAAUGUUGGCGAAAUCAGAUAAACAUUGAAGGACUAGUUUUCAAGGGUACCACAUAAUUUCAAAACCUUAUUAACGUGAGUUGGGAAAGGUGGUGGAGCUUCCAGAGGGUCACUUAAUAUCUGAUAGUUGUGUAGGUGUUUUGAACUUUCCAUAAUUCCAGAUUCAUAAGUCGUUUUGCACAUCUGUCCUGUUUAUUGGGUGGGCAAAAAGAAGGCCGGUGCGUUGUGGGGUUUUUUUUUGUUGUUUUUUUGCUGCAUAAUUUUGAGUGCCAACUUUUCCUCAUAAAAGGUGCAGCUGGAUGCGGAUCUAGCUGUGGUUUGAGGUGAAUAUCGACAUAAGGUUUUGGGUGACGUUAAAUUCCAUUAAAUGCUGGCGACAAUUAUCCUUUUAAACUCAAGCAACAAACAUGUCUUGUCUAUGUAAGUGUGUGUGUUAGAUUGUUGAUCCUUCCUUUAAUGUGAGGUGUAAACAGAUCAGCUAUUUUGAUGCCUCUAUAAUUCCUUACAGCUUUUCCAGCUCAGCUUCAGCAUGAAAGAUAAAUUUUCACGUCUUCAGUUUCAUUUUACAGCUCCUUUAUCUACACAGAUGGCUGUAUAUUAUUCAUACCACUUCAGAGUUUUUGGUGCCUUUGCUCACUAUCCCCCCCCCCCCGCACAUUUUGUGUUUCUCCUCCUGUAAUACACUUGAUUGAAUUUACCUUAAUGAUAAUAGUUCAGUGUAUCGGAGCAGGAAACGCUAACAUGCAGAGCUUUAGGAAUGUUGUGGAAGGGACCAGUCUGAAUGUAGGAAGUGCAGAAGCUCAGUGAGGAGAGGAAUUUCAGUGGCCUUGUAUACUUUUCAGGGUUUUUUUUGUUUUGUUUUAGACAAAAACAUUUUGACCAAAUCAAGUAGAAGUUUUUACUGAAUGAUGGCAGGCAUGAAUCAGUCGUGUUCUGGUUAUUUCAGCUUUUCUAUGUUCUCUCAUCAUGUUUUGCUGCCUUUAUUAAUUUUAACAUACAGUCAAACUGUAAUCAGCUAAGUGUGUAAAUGACAUGCCGUAUCUUAACAUUUCAAUAAAAGUAUUUUUGACAUUGAAA